CGGGCCCGCCCCGCGCCGCCCUCCCGCCCUCCUGGGAGCCGCUGUCCCGGGCCUGGCCCGUGCGCGUCCGCCUGCUGCACCGGGGCACCAGGAGCCGCGGAGAGGUACCAGGACCGGGCGUGGGUGCUGACCUCGGCCUAGGAGUCUUAGGAUCCCGGAGACAUCCGUGUCCGCUGGGGCCUGCAGGUCGCACGCCGAAGCCCUAGCUGCUGCUGCUCACCGCUGGUCCGCGCGGGGCGAGGUCAGGUGCCCCCCUUCCCUCCUCCCUCCUCUCCCUCCCCCACCUCGGUGCGGGCGGGAGAUCCUGCCCGCCUCCUCCCGCAGGGGUGCAGUAGGCUGCGGAGCUGACAGCGGCCCCACAGCCACCCUGCCCAAACUCUCCGGAAGCAGCUAGAGCUCAGGCCGCCGAAGCCCCGACGGACCCACUGUUGGAUCGGAGGCUCCGGUCCUUCUGCGCCCAAACUUGGAGCACUUGACCUUCGGUUGUCGUCGGAGCGGGGCAAGCCCGCAGGUGGCUGGACAACCGCCGUGCCGAGAGGGCAUCUUGCCUGGGAAUCGUCGGCUGCAUUCCCUGACUCUGGGAUUUGCUUCUGGGAUCCAAAGGUGUCUACAUCAGGCGCAUGUUGACUGAGACCUAUCGUCAUGGAUGUGUGCGCCCGCUUGCCCUGUGGCUUCUUUGGGGGCUCCUCCUGCAUCAGGGCCAGAGCCUCAGCCAUAGUCACAGCGAGAAGAAUACAGGAGCCGGCUCCGGAACGACUUCAGAGGAGUCCACUGAAGCAGAGUUUUGCCGGAUUGACAAGCCCCUGUGCCACAGUGAGGAUGAGAAGCUCAGCUUUGAGGCUGUCCGCAACAUCCAUAAGCUGAUGGAUGAUGAUGCCAAUGGUGAUGUGGAUGUGGAAGAAAGUGAUGAGUUCCUAAGGGAAGACCUCAAUUACCAUGAUCCAACAGUAAAACACAGCACCUUCCAUGGUGAGGAUAAGCUUAUCAGCGUGGAGGACCUGUGGAAGGCGUGGAAGUCAUCAGAAGUGUACAACUGGACUGUGGAUGAAGUGAUACAGUGGCUGAUUACAUAUGUGGAGCUGCCUCAGUAUGAGGAGACCUUCCGGAAGCUUCAGCUGACUGGCCAUGCCAUGCCACGACUGGCUGUAACCAACACCACCAUGACAGGGACUGUACUGAAGAUGACAGAUCGGAGCCACAGGCAAAAGCUACAGCUGAAGGCCCUGGACACAGUGCUCUUCGGGCCUCCUCUCUUGACUCGGCAUAAUCACCUCAAGGACUUCAUGCUGGUGGUAUCUAUUGUUAUUGGCGUGGGUGGCUGCUGGUUUGCCUAUAUUCAGAACCGUUACUCUAAGGAGCACAUGAAGAAGAUGAUGAAGGAUUUGGAAGGGUUACACCGAGCCGAACAGAGUCUGCAUGACCUUCAGGAAAGGCUGCACAAGGCCCAGGAGGAACACCGCACAGUGGAAGUGGAGAAGGUCCAUCUGGAGAAGAAGCUGCGUGAUGAGAUCAACCUUGCCAAGCAGGAAGCUCAGCGGCUGAAGGAGCUGAGGGAGGGUACUGAGAAUGAGAGGAGCCGCCAAAAAUAUGCUGAGGAAGAGCUGGAGCAGGUUCGGGAGGCCUUGAGGAAAGCCGAGAAGGAGCUGGAGUCACACAGCUCCUGGUACGCUCCUGAGGCCCUUCAGAAGUGGCUGCAGCUGACGCACGAGGUGGAGGUGCAGUACUACAACAUCAAGAAGCAAAAUGCCGAGAAGCAGCUGCUGGUGGCCAAGGAGGGGGCCGAGAAAAUAAAAAAGAAGAGAAACACGCUGUUUGGUACCUUCCAUGUGGCCCACAGCUCCUCCCUGGAUGAUGUGGAUCAUAAGAUCUUAACUGCUAAGCAAGCACUAAGCGAGGUGACAGCAGCACUGAGGGAGCGCCUGCACCGGUGGCAGCAGAUCGAGAUCCUCUGUGGCUUCCAGAUUGUCAACAACCCUGGCAUCCACUCCUUGGUGGCCGCCCUCAACAUAGACCCCAGCUGGAUGGGCAGCACUCGCCCUAACCCUGCUCACUUCAUCAUGACCGACGACGUGGAUGACAUGGAUGAGGAGAUUGUAUCACCCUUGUCCAUGCAGUAUGCUGCCUGGCUGAUGGGGCGUAGGUUCAGUGACCGCUCUCUCUGCUCUACAUCCGCCGGCUCGGAUGAUCAAUCCCUCUGGAAAUACCCGGCGCCCAGCCUGCAGAGCAGUGUUCGACAGCGCCUGACGGAGCCACAGCAUGGCCUGGGAUCUCAGAGGUUGGUAGAGGGCGAGGCUGGCCACUUCUUGACAAGUCGGGUGUCUCUGCGGCGAAUGCGUAGCCUUUCAUCUGGACAGUCUUUCAGUUCUGAAGGCCACGGAACCAGCCCUCCAUCUGCCUCUGCUUCUUCUUCCUGCUCCUCUUCCACUACCGCCAUCGCCACCACCACCUCCACUACCACCACCACCACCAUCAACACCGUCCAUGUUCACCCUGUGUAUUAUCACCACAGCACUUCCUAUUUCCUCCAGAUGGAUCCCUACCCUGACCCAAGCCCUUCUGACAGCACCGCUGUGAUGUCUGGGCACUCAGAGAGCUUGGGGGAUUUGACCCAUUCCGAUUCGGAGUCCUCCCUCCACAUGAGUGACCGCCAGCGUGUGGCUCCCAAGCCUCCUCAGAUGGGCCGUGCUGCAGAUGAGGCUCUCAAUGCCAUGCCUUCCAAUGGCAGCCAUCGGCUGAUUGAGGGGGUCCAUCCAGGAUCUCUGGUGGAGAAACUGCCUGACAGCCCUGCUCUGGCCAAGAAGGCAUUGCUGGCGCUGAACCAUGGCCUAGACAAGGCCCACAGCCUGAUGGAGCUGAACCCUUCAGGCCCACCUGGUGGCUCCCCACUUUUGGAUUCUUCCCAUUCUCUUAGCCCCAGUUCCCCAGACCCAGACACACCAUCACCAGUUGGGGACAACCGAGCCCUGCAGGGUAGCCGAAACACACGGAUUCCCCACUUGGCAGGGAAGAAGGCUGUGGCUGAGGAGGAUAAUGGUUCUAUUGGUGAGGAGACAGACUCUAGCCCAGGCAGGAAGAAGUUUCCCCUCAAAAUUUUUAAGAAGCCUCUUAAGAAGUAGGCAGGAUAGGGUGGCAGUGUGGAGACAGCCUGUCCUUCCCUGGGUCUUCUGCCUCCCCCCUUCCUUUCUUUGAGAUAUCUGGCCCCUAGAGUGGGGCAUGGAGGGGCUGGCCCAGGGGCCUGGGCACUGUACAUACCUGCCCCACUCAUUCUCGGUCCUUCAUCAUUAUUUAUUAACUGACCACCAUGGCCGGCCUGCCCUGAAAUCCUUCCUUCCAACCAUGGCUGCUGUCACACCCUCUCCACUCCAGUGCAUGUCUUAGUGCUGUCCCCUCAGUUCCCAGCUCCACCAUCUCUGCUGUCCCAGUUUUGAGGUUUGGUUUUGUUUCUGUCUCCUGCUUUCAGGCUCCUCUCCCCCAUUACUCCCCAACUUUUCCUAGCAGUUGUGGGGAAGAUGGGAGGAGUAACUUCCGACACCUGUACCUCAGAUCUGUUCAUCCUACUCAUAAUCGUCUGCUGCCCCAGACUAGGCCAGGGUCCUAACCUCUGGGGUUUGUUCUGUGGAAGUAUGAUGGGCUGGAGGGAACCUCAUCCUGGAGCUCAUUUGGAUCUCCAGGGCUCCAUUCAGGGAGCGAAGCAACUCCCAGGGAACAAGUCACCAGAGUUUUGAGGAGAGACCAGGCUUGUAUUGAUGGGGAGAGACUGCUCUUAGUGGAGAUGAGUAGAUGCCAAAGCUGUGGGCUGUAAGGCACUUGCCAUUUCUCUCUCGCCCUGCCCACUUCUGCCUUCCUCUUACCUCUGCUCCCCUCUAUUGCAGGAGUGUAUCUCUUAAGAGGUGCUGCCCUGAAGCCCCUCAAGCAUCAGUACUGCUGGGGCUCAGGACAACUGGCUCCCCUGGCUAUGGGAGCCACAGUCAUGACACAGGGCUCUUGUGGAGCCCUGGGCAAGGAUGUUGUAUUUGAACCAAAAGACAAACGGUUUUCAAAGUAAAAAAUAAUAAAACAAAAUCAAUAAAUCUCCUGAAUUUCCCAAGUGCCUGCACAGCAUCCUCCCUUGUCAGACUCCAUUUUCAUGUUACUGCAUAGCCCGGGCCAGAGACUCAAAUGGACACAGCUGUUGGGGAAGGGGUGGGGAAGGGAGAUGGUAUGGAUGUGAAGGCUGCAGUGUGUGACACUUCUCCCCCCACGCCUCCCAUCCUCCAGACAACUCUCUCCUUUACCUGUUUUUGCUAUGGCUGUAAAGGUAUUUUCCCUCUGCCCCAUUCUGUCAUGCCUUUACCCUGAGAUCCUAAUCUGGGCCUGGGUUGGGUGCAACUGGGGCUGGUCUUAGGCGGGUGCUAGGCUAUAGACUGCCUUGUAGCCCCCUGGACACCCUCACAUGGGUUUUUCUGUGUUAUUUCAUAAGAUUCUUUGAAGUCCAAUAAAGCAUGUAGGAGAUUUUAACCUC